UGCAAUGGCGGCGCCCCUGACCGUGUUACUGAACUGUGGAGCUACUGUCAGGUGGUUUAUCGGGUUUUCUUUCGUUGUAAAUCUCUGUAUUUGAUAUGUGGACAUGUUUAGAGCAGAACACAAACCGUCGCCGUAUCAGGACUUACACGUUGUGGACAUAGUAUUUAUCCGGAGCCGCAGUCUCUGUUAGUAUGUAUCAAAUCAGUAGGACCGCACUGAGCAUGCUCAGUCACCUCCGGCCGUGCUGUGUACGGACACUGUGGAAACAUCUGUCAACAUCUGGACCUCCGUGGAGGCUGCUCUUCUUUGGGUCGGACCAGUUCGCCUUGGAAUCUCUCAAACUGCUCACAUCCAGCAGGAACUCUAAUGAUGGGAUCGUGGCUUCCCUUGAGGUUGUUGCAGUUUCAGGUAACGUUCCAGUGAGACGCUUCGCUGAACAGAACCGCCUUCUGGUCCGCAGUUGGCCACCGGACAAUUUGGACGGACAGUUUGAUGUCGGGGUGGUGGUGUCCUUUGGGUACUUACUCAAGGAGAAAACAAUCAACAAGUUUCCAUAUGGGAUUCUGAACGUUCACCCCAGCCUCCUGCCCAGAUGGCGAGGCCCGGCGCCCAUCUUCCAUACCAUCAUGCACGGGGACAAACUCACCGGUGUCACCAUUAUGCAGAUCCGUCCUCACAGGUUCGAUGUGGGCCCCAUUCUGAACCAGGAGCUUCAUCCAGUCCCUGAAAACUGCACCGCUGAGGAACUUGGAGAUACUUUAGCCGUAAAGGGAGCACAUUUGCUGAUCGACACUCUGAGGACGCUGGACGAGAAACUGGUAAAUAAAAGAGACCAGAGUCAGACCGGAGCUACAUUUGCUCCAAAAAUCACUUCUCAGAUGAGCUGGGUGGUGUGGGAGGAUCAGACCUGUGAACAGAUCCACCGCCUGCAUCGAGCCAUCGGAUCCCGGAUUCCUUUAACAACCACGUGGAAGGGGAACACCAUCAAACUGCUGGAAUGUGUAGGAAGAUGUAACAUUUCACUGUCAGAUCUGAGGAGGAAACCGGUUCCUGGAUCAGUGAGUUUUCUGAAGGAGUCAGACAUCCUGGCCGUCUGCUGUAAGAAUGGCUGGGUGGGAUUCAGAGCUGUGCUUCUGAAAAAACGACUGACGGCAGCAGACUUCUACAAUGGUUCUCACCAGACACUGCAGAAGGAAACACCCAAUGACACAGAUGAAUGUUUAUUCGUCAAUCAGACUGGACAAAGCCCCGACCCCCUUCCUACUGUGGAGGUUCCCAGCUUGGCCUUGGGGGUCCUAGUCCCGGUCCUAGUCCUGGUCCUAGUCCUGGUUCUAGUCCUGGUUCUCAUAUUCCUGUAUCUCUCCCUGAUGUAUGAGGGUGGUGAUGCCCUAGAAGGGAAGCUGCUGGGAAUAAAAACCACACCAGUGAAACCAAACUGGCUCAUUCAGCAGAUCCUGGUCUACAUGGACAGUUAG